GCCCAGGGGGGGCUGCGGGAGCUGAGCGAGGCCCAGGCCCGCGAGCUGCAGGACAGCCGGAGCCAGAGGGAGAAUCUGGAGAGAGAACUGCAGGUGUGCUCAGGUGAGCGGGAGCAGCUGCGCCAGCGCCUGCACGAGGCCGAGGCCGCCCAGGAGCGGCUGCGGGAGGAGCAGGAGCAGCAGCGGGGGCAGCUCGAGGAGGAGCUGGGGCAGCUGCGGGCGGCGCUGGGGGAGGAGCAGCGGCUGCGGGAGCUGCACGAGGCCGAGGGACGCGCCCUGAGACAGGAGCUGAAGGACGUGCGGGACGGGCAGCGCAUCCUGGAGAAGAAAGGCAGCGCCGCCCUGAAGGACCUUCGGAGGCAGCUGCAGCUGGAGCGGCGCCGGGGGGAGCGGCUGCAGGAGCGGCUGCAGGAGCUGCUGGUGCCCAGCAGGGCCCGCUCGGGGCUGGAGGAGCUGGGGCUGGACGGAGGCUCCUCCCCAGGGCGGGGCCCGGGCGGGGACAGCAGCUCUGUGUCCUCAUUGGGCCGUGACGGCUCCGCCCCUGGCAGCACCAAGUCGGGCUCGGGCAGCCCCGGGGGCGGCAGCGGGCAGCGGCGGGGGGGUCCCGGCCGGGGGGGGCCUGUGAGGCACCUGGAGGUGUCGAGCGCGUCCAUGGCCGAGGAUCUGUGCAGGAAGAGCGCCAUCAUCCAGAGCUUCGUCAGGGACAGCCGCACAGAGGCCGCGGGUCCCGCGGGGCCGGCCCGGCGCGGGGCGGGGCCGGGCCCAGGUGAGGAGGGGCUGCGGGAGAUGAACAAGAAGCUGCAGAACCUCCUGGAGGAGCAGCUGACCAAGAACCUGCACCUGGCACAGGACCUGGAGUCGCUGUCCCAGGAGCUGGCGCAGCUCAGGAAGGAACAGGCGGCCCCCCAGGGACCCCCCUGA